AUGGCGGACUAUCACUUUGUGUACAAGGACGUAGAGGGAGCGUCGACUCAGUGGGAUGAUAUUCAGAGGAAGCUAGGGAAUUUGCCCGAGAAGCCGCCGGCGUUCAAGCCGGCGCCUUUUACUCCGGCUCCGGAUGAAGAUUCGAUCCCUAAGGAUAAGGCGUGGAUCGACGAGAAGAACGAAGAUGAGCUCGAGGAGCUCGAAGAUGAUCUUGACGACGAUCGCUUCCUGGAAGAAUACAGGAAGAAGAGGCUGGCUGAGAUGAAAGAAACAGUUAAAAUUGCAAAGUUCGGAUCAGUGGUGCCUAUCUCGGGCUCCGAUUUCGUUAGAGAGGUGUCACAAGCGCCUCCUGAAGUUUGGGUUGUGGUGCUCCUCUACAAGGAUGGGUACCAAGAAUGUGGGGUUUUACUUCGUUGCCUGGAAGAAUUGGCAACGAAAUACCCUGCCACGAAGUUUGUUAAGAUAAUUUCUACUGACUGCAUACCCAACUACCCAGAUCGUAAUCUCCCAACUCUUUUGGUCUACAACAAUAGUGCUGUGAAAGCAAACUAUGUAGGCUUAAGAAGCUUUGGCAGGAGAUGUACCCCUGAAAGUGUUGCAUUGGUUCUGUGCCAGUCAGAUCCAGUGCUAAACGAUGGCCAGAAUGGAAGCGACACUUCGAGCCAAGCUGUGAUGGAUGGUGUUAGGAGGCGGAUCCUCGAGAGGGUUGUGAAGGACCAUGAAGAACGUGGUGAUGGUUAUUCGAGUGAUUAG